GUGUGUUUUUUCAUUCUUUUUUUUUAUUGUUGCAUAAACAAUAUGAAUACACUUUUAACAACACGCGGCUUAACAAAUAAAAGACUAUUGAGUUUAACUAGCUCACACUUUAUCAAGUCAACACCUAUUUUAUACAAGAGUAUUAGUCCUUAUGGUGGUUAUGGUUAUAAUAAUAAUGACUAUGAUAACACAUAUGGUGGCUCUUCUAUGGGCUCGAGUGGUUGGGGUUCUGGAAGCGAACGCCAGUCUUUGCCCAGAAACACGAUUAUUAAAUUUGUACCUCAGCAAGAAGCAUGGAUUGUUGAACGUAUGGGAAAGUUUCAUAGAAUGUUGGAGCCUGGUUUAAACAUGUUGAUUCCUUUUAUUGAUCGUAUUCGAUAUGUUAAGAGCUUAAAGGAAACUGCUAUUGAAGUUCCUAGUCAAAGUGCCAUUACACAAGAUAACGUCACAUUGGAAUUGGAUGGUGUCUUGUAUUUUAGAUGUGUUGAUCCUUUCAAGGCUUCUUAUGGUGUAGAAGAUGCAGAAUUUGCAAUUACUCAACUUGCUCAGACAACGAUGCGUGCAGAAAUUGGCCAAAUGACAUUGGAUCGUACUUUGGCUGAACGAGCUCAUUUGAAUGCAAAUAUUGUGGAUGCAAUCAAUUCUGCUGCUGAGGAUUGGGGUAUUCGUUGCUUAAGAUACGAAAUUCGUGAUAUUCAUCCUCCUUCUAAAGUUGUCGAGUCAAUGCAUCAACAAGUUUCGGCCGAACGAACAAAAAGAGCACAAAUUCUAGAAUCCGAAGGUGCUAGACAAGCUGCUAUUAAUGUUGCUGAAGGUCGUAAGCAAGCUACUAUUUUAGCAUCUGAAGCCGAAAAAGCAGAACGAAUCAACAUGGCUGCUGGUGAGGCUGAAGCUAUAUUAUUGCGCGCUAAGGCUUCUGCUGAAGGCAUUGAACGUGUGGCUCGAGCCAUUGAAUCUAACCAUGGCAACGACGCUGUUUCCAUGACAGUGGCCGAGAAAUAUGUGGAUGCCUUUGGAAAGAUGGCCAAGGAAGGAACAACCAUGAUUGUCCCUGCAUCCACAAAUGAUGCUGCUUCUAUGGUGACACAGGCAUUGGCGAUCUACAACACUAUCAACAACAAAAAGAGUCCUCCUCGUAACGCACCAACCACUCCUUCUUCGUCAUCAGAACACUUGAAAGAAACGGUUGCUAAUAUGUUAGAACAUCCCGACAAAGAGAACAUUUCCAAGCAUUUGCAUGAUCAAUAAAAAAAAGAAGAAAAAAUUCCUUUGUUAGCAUAACAAACCGAAUGAACUAAAGUGGCAAAAUUACACAAUAGAGCUUUUUUCAUCAAUGAGACGGUUUUGCCUUGUAAAGGCUAUGGUUUGCGUUCAUGAUUACUUGUUUAAUCUUGAAACUUGUAUGGGUUAUACUUUUUGAG